CGUAAGUGAGCUGCUUUUCUGCAGUUUGAUACAACAAAGAGAUUCUACUUCUUGGUUGACAUCUUCCUUUCCGAUGAACGGCUGCCGGCAUCUUGCCGUGAUGAAAGCAAGAUCAUUCAGAGGUUUCGUUGUCGAUGCCGCACUCUCCUGAUACGUUUAUGUGAACGUGAGUCAGUUGUAUACUGUAUUUGUUGCAGCUUCGCGCGUCCUGACUGUGGCUGUGUAAAGACAUACGAAGCGGGGUAUCGUCGUGACCAGCGCCAGAGAUGAGCAUGCUGGACAAGAAAGCGGGCAGCGGGUCAGGGCGGCGUCCCGUGGCUGUGGCCCCACUCAGUAUGAACGAGCUUGAGUCCUACAUCUUUUUCGCGUUUCGCGAGUACGCGCAAGCAGAACCGGACUGGGAACGCGCGGUGUGUGGUGCUUUGCGAGCGCUGCUAGAAUUCGCCAAGUCCCGUGAACAGCUGCUGGAAGAGCAGCAGCCCUUCACCGUUUGCCGCGUCGGAAUCGAGAGGUUUCGAGCCAGUCGGGCUGGGAACGACAAACAGGACGAAUCCGGGCUGGGAAUGACAAACAGGACGAAUCCGGAUUUCCAUAUUCUAUUGUAACGUUUGAGAUUGUAACAGCUGAGCAGGCUAUAUUGCAAUGCAUAUGCGUCCGAGUGACUUCUCCGGUUGUCCCGACCGCGUCACCGAUAUCAAAAGCAAAAGUCCCUCCUCCCCAUAUCGAAAGGUAGAUUUGCGAUGCUGGAUUUGCUUACACAAAUCAGCUCUGUCUUGCAAUGGAGGACUGCAGGCACAUGCCAACCCUGGGCAGCGAGGUUGUGACAUAGGCCACUAGCAGUACAAAUGUCCACACUGUAGGUCCAACAGCAUCACAAACCGCGCGCACAAUGCGGAGCAGCCUGGGGGGUUGCCUUCUUGCAAGACAGAGACGAUUUGUGGUCACAAAUCAGCAUUGCAAAUUUUCUGUGGCCUCCUUUUCGAUAUGGGGAGGGGGGAUUUUUCCUCACGAUAACCGAGAGCCCUCUGCGCUUGAAUGCGGUCGCUACCUGCGACGCGAUGUUGUAAAGUGAGGGAGACAGCUUGCUCAGCUGCUGCUGCACACAAACUACUAGAUAUAUUUAUUACUUUCAAGAUACUUAUCAAAGUGAGGCAUCUCCUCUAUUUCCCAUAUCAAAAUCGAAACUUCCGAUGCUAAAGAUUUGCGUACAUCACAAAUGAGGUGUUUCUUGCUGUAAGGAGUUGCAGUCAGAUAAGAAUUAUCUGCCCGCUUGGGGGCGUAAGAAUAAUGGACUUGAUGUGGCGAUGUUGUUUGUACGUAAAAAGAUUACAUUUGUAAUGUUGGUUGAAAGAACAAU